AGGCGCCCGGGGCUCUCAGCGCUGCUCCCCCCGGCCCAGCAGGACGCCAGAGCGGAGCCCAGGCGGGCAGGACCCGCGGAGAGCGGACGGAGACCAGCAGCAAAGGAGCCGCGCCGGAUUCACGCCAGGUGCUGCCUUCUCUCCUGAGACGGGGCUCCCAAGAACAGUUCGGCCGCACUAUAUUUGGAGUGUAAGUCGUUGCCUGAGGGAGCCUAAGCCAUGGCUUGGAAUGAAUUCAGUGUCCUCAGCUGGCUCAGGGAGAGUCGGCAGUCCCGAAAACUAAUUCUGCUUAUUGUUUUCAUUGCAUUACUCCUGGACAACAUGCUGCUUACUGUAGUGGUGCCAAUAAUUCCAAGUUACUUGUACAGCAUUAAACACCAGAAAAAUGAAACAGAAAUCCAGACUAUGAGACCUGAGAUAGCUGCUUCAACUGUGGUCAGUUUUCAAAGCAUCUUCUCCUAUUAUGACAACUCCACAAUGGAUACUGGAAGUCAGUCUGAUAGGACAAGAUCAAGAGAUUUGUUUCAUACUCAGACAGAGCAAAUGGUGGUAAAUGUGACUAACGUACCAUCUGAUUGCCCCACGGAAGACAAGGACUUGCUAAAUGAAAAUGUCCAAGUUGGUUUAUUGUUCGCUUCUAAAGCCACUGUGCAGCUAAUCACAAACCCUUUCAUAGGACCAAUGACAAACAGAAUAGGCUACCAGAUUCCAAUGUUUGCUGGCUUCUGCAUCAUGUUUCUGUCAACAAUUAUGUUUGCCUUCUCGGGAAGCUAUACAUUGCUUUUCAUAGCAAGAUCUCUUCAAGGAGUGGGUUCCUCCUGUUCUUCUGUGGCUGGGAUGGGUAUGCUGGCCAGUGUUUAUACAAAUGAUGAAGAGAGAGGCAAUGCAAUGGGAAUUGCAUUAGGAGGACUGGCUAUGGGAGUAUUAGUGGGUCCACCUUUUGGGAGUGUGAUGUAUGAGUUUGUGGGAAAGACAGCACCUUUCCUUGUGUUGGCAGCAUUAGCUCUGUUAGAUGGAGCUGUUCAGUUAGUUAUUCUACAACCAUCCAGAGCACAACCAGAAACUCAAAAAGGGACACCAUUAUUGACCCUCUUGAGAGAUCCAUAUAUCAUUAUUGCCGCAGGAUCAAUCUGCUUUGCAAACAUGGCUAUUGCUAUGCUGGAACCAGCAUUGCCUAUCUGGAUGAUGGAGACCAUGUGUUCAAGAAAAUGGCAACUUGGCGUCGCUUUCCUUCCAGCUAGUAUCUCUUAUCUUAUUGGAACUAAUAUUUUUGGGGUACUUGCACACAAAAUGGGAAGGUGGCUUUGUGCUCUACUUGGGAUGAUAAUCGUGGGAAUAAGCAUUUUAUGUGUACCAUUUGCCAAAAACAUAUACGGGCUUAUAGCACCAAAUUUUGGGGUCGGGUUUGCCAUUGGAAUGGUGGAUUCCUCAAUGAUGCCAAUUAUGGGCUACCUUGUAGAUCUGCGUCAUGUUUCAGUCUAUGGCAGUGUGUAUGCAAUAGCUGAUGUUGCUUUCUGCAUGGGAUUUGCAUUAGGUCCCUCUGCUGGUGGUGCCAUUGCAAAGGCAAUUGGAUUUCCAUGGCUCAUGACAAUUAUAGGGAUUGUGGAUAUUCUCUUUGCUCCUCUAUGUUUUUUCCUUCGAAGUCCAUCUGCCAAGGAAGAAAAAAUGGCAAUACUCAUGGAUCAUAACUGUCCUCUUAAAACAAAAAUGUAUACUCAGAACAACGUCCAGUCAUAUCCAGUAGGUGAUGACGAAGAAUCUGAAAGUGAUGAAUAUUAAAAGCCAUAUUGAGUAUUUUGGUGUACACAAUGCAGUGUUUCUUGUGAAACAUCUCAUACAGAAAUAUGUUUUAGGUAUACUGUACUUUCAAUGGUGAAAUAGUAAAAAAACCAAAAGGUAUAUUAUUUAUUUCCCAUGGUUAUAAUGCAGAUUGCCAACUGCCUUAUAAAGAGAAAAUAGCUUUUAUAGGGGGUUUGUAUCGUGGUGAAAACUUUAUUUUAUGUAUUUAAUUUUAUUAAAUAUUAUACAGUAUAUUUUUGAUUAACUGUGUAGUUAAAUCUGUAUAAACAUUUGAAUCCAAACUAUAAUUUUCUAAAUCUUAUUCAUGGACAAUGACAUAAGAUUUCCUAGUUUGGACUCAUUAGUGGGUAAUGAGUUCUUGACAGUAAAAUGCUUCUAUUAAUUAUUCCUUUGAUUAAAAAAAUGUGAAGUUCAAAGAGUACACAACCUAUCCGACUCUCAGCUCUAUUAAAUGUACUGUGCUCUUUGAAGCACAUUCACAAGAGAUAAAGUCUAGAAUUAAGACAGCACUUUAUUACCAGUUGCUCAGCUCAGGGUCAUACAGUGCCAUCAAUUUUAGUUUCUUUGCAGAGCUCCCCAGAUGAUUCCAAAGGUGAGCUCUGCAUAAAAUUGAUGGCAUACUGAGACCUUACGGUAAGAAAAUACAACUUUUAAAAACAAAAAUUGUUUUCAGACAUAUCAGUGUAUUGCUAAAAAAGUUAAAACGUGUUUCUGAAGGAUGGGUACUGCUCUAACUCCAGUCUCUUGCUGGCUCAUCCACUAAAGGGUAUUGUCAUAGCUUCAGAAGAAACUGUGUAUUUGCUCUCUCACACAGGAGAUACUAUGGUUUCCAUCUGAUGUAUGAAGGAACGCUGGGCAAGUUUCAAGUCAGGAACUCACUUUGGAUAUAUAGGGAUGAAUUGAAAGGCCAGUGUUUGUUGGCUAUUAAUCUAAAAUAGCACUAGGCCAACUAAGGAAACAAAAGAUAAGGUCAAAAUCUGUAUGCAUCCCCCCUCUUAAAUAUAGAUGUAGCUGCACUGAAAUCAAUUCAGCUACGCCAAUUUAAACUAGCUGGGGAUCUGGCCAAGGACCUGUAAAUAUACAACAUAAUCAAAGUUAAAACAUUGCCAUUACUUUUUUGCCCUGUAAUAUAGUAUUAGAUAGCCAGACAGUCUUGGUGCUGGGAAAACUGGACAGAAGAGUAUUUGAUAUCUCCUGCUAAAAUUAUUUAUGUACAAGUGAGCUAUUAUACCUUCAAGAAGCGUUGACAUUUACAAUUUUUAUAUUCAGAUUUUAUUUUUGUCAUCUCAACUUUAUUUCAGGUACUACUUACACAUUCAUUUCAGGAUUUUUAUGAUUAGUUAAGAUCAUUGCAGUACCACAGUAUUUACAUUUAACAUCUUACUUGCAGGGCUCAACUUCGGUAGCUUUGACUAAACUAUUUUACACUGAUUUGCCUACAUGUCUAGAAAUUUUGUUUGUAUGUUUCUUUUAUUUGAAAAUGAAGUCAAAUUAUAAAUUUAGUCAAAAUGGAAAAGUAACAAAUAGCUCAUUAUCAAUACCUCUAGUUAUUUGAUGAGACUAAAUCUAAUGCAAUGAAAAUACUGCAUUAGACAAUCUUCUUAUCUGAGAAAAAUCAAACUUCUAAAGUAAACACUCAACAAAAAAUUGAAGUAUGUUUUUUAAUCUAGUGUUGUUUACAUGUAGUUUUUGUUUGUAAAUUAAAAUCUUUAUGUGCCUUCUUUCAUGUAUCACCAGAUGUUUUAUGUACUACAGCAGAUACUCUAUGUUUACAUAUGGUUUUGUAAAGCGUACAUAGUAUGGUCAGAAAGUAUGGAAAUGCUGUGAAUCAAAUCUCAAGUAUUGCUUUGUUCAUAAUUAUGCAGUAAGACUACAUAAAAUAAAUAAAUAAAAAGUAAUCUAAAAUAAAUUCAUGAUUUAUUGCAACACGGUACGGAAACUAUCUCAGCACUUUCUAUUCUGUUAUGGCUUGCACACACCAAGAAGUGGAAAGAAGGUAAUCAGAAUUUAUCAAAAGCAACAUUUAAUUCAUACCUAGUCUAUUUAUGAUUUCUAACAGGCAGGUUAAACGUUUCCAUGCCAGGAGACAAGAUGCCUGUGUAUAACCUGCUAAUGUAAAAUGACCUCCCAAGCAAUCUGACAAAUGAUUUUUGUUCCAAAUUUUAAUUUUUGUAAACUGUUCUAAUAAAUAAUGCAGAAAGAUGUAGAAGGGAUUACAAGGCAUACAGGACACUGUUCACUACUGAAUGGACAUAUGUAAGUAAGUGGAAGUUAUGAGGCCACACCACAGCAGGAAUUGACUCCUUACAAAGUAUGAAGGAUCAGAGCAGAGUCUUUGACAGAGUCUGAAAACUAACUUAUGCUAGUAACUAAUUUUGCAUGUGGCUGUCUUUUAUUAUAUUUUAUUGAUGCAACAGGGUUGACAGCAUUUCUGUAGUUUCCGACACACUUAAAUUACAAGAAAAUGAUUCCUUCUGUGCCUCACAAAAUAUUUGGAGGACAAACAUUUUUAAUACAACAGAGACUGAGAUUUGGCAAGUCUGUCACCAGUUCCUUCAGUCCACCGCAUUGGUUGCAACACCAACUAUAUGUAAACUGCCAUGAAGAGCAAUAUCCUUUCUACGGAGUUUUCUUUAAUAGAAGUAGUUUGUAUUUUCAAGAUUAGCAUUUUUUUAAAAAUAGCUUCAACUGUGAGAUUUAACAGUGAAUCUGCAUGACUAGGUAAUGGUAGAUAUGAAAUUCAUGUUUUGAUCACUGAAAUGAGUGAGAAAUGUGGUCUGCAAAUUAUGACUGUUCCUUUGGGAUUUGGAUUUUGCAAUGUGUAAUGAAACAGUAAAAUAGAUUAUUAGCAUUUUUCAUGGCCUUGAAAUUUGUUUCCAAACAAUUCUUUGCCUUAAAAUGUUAUAUCAUACAAAUCUGUAGAUCAAAAUAAAAAAAAAAAAAUCAAACUUCAGCCCAAGGAAAGAAGUAAGUCUUUUACUUUGUUUUUGUGAACAUUUCUGGUUGAUAUCAAUUGUUCAGUAGAAUUUAUUGCCCUGAAGUUGGAUCUAUAAUACUAACAUUUAAAUUUUAAUUAGAUACAGUAUAUUCAUCUGGAUGAAGUGCAAUCACCAAUUGCAUUCAUCAGUGUACUGUUUAAAUUCAUAUUUAGAUAACAUAAGUUGCUACAUUUAAAAGAUUAUAUGGAGAAAAAAGGUAGAAUGUCCUGUUCACUGGAUUUAUUUUUGCAUUUUUCUUGAUCAAUUAAAAAUUAAAAAAAAAUGAAAAUUAAGGGAGACAUUCACAUUGCUAUACAAAUCCCAAGUAAAUGAGCUUUGUGGGAGAGAUCCAUGAGGAGAGAUUCAGGCAGUCAGUUCAGUCCUCUUCAAGCAAGGAGCAGAAUGCAGAACAAGCGGACUAUGGCUCUGUGUAUCCCCCCAUUGUGGGGUUUCUAGUCAGUGUAUCCAAACAUAUCAUAGCUGUUCCCUAUCACUGUGCCCCCAACCCACCCAUAUCCCAUGGGAACAAUGGAGACCCUCUGUAUGGCCUCUCUCUCCCUCCCCCCCACCCAUAUACUAGAACCAUGAAAAUUCUGGGUUCUGUACUUUGGGUCUUCUGUGGCCAUGGAGGAACAGGUGGAUUUAAUCUCAAAUCAGUAUUAACAACCCAAUGGUACCUCAUGGCUGUAAUUAUAUUUACCUUUAACCACAUGGGAAACUUUGAAAAACAUUCUGUUUAGGAAUAAUUCUGCUGCUGUCAUUUAGUGUCUUUUUCUGUCCCUAUUUCCCCUAAAAAUAUUUGCUGCUUAGUAGCUUAUUUGCUGUGCUACUCCUCCUCCUCCUGUAGUUCUAAAUGUCUAUUUAUGACAAAGUACACAUUUCAGGAGAAUACAGAUGGGGAAUUAGCAGGAGGAACAAAUAAAGUGAGUAAACUGCAAGAAUUCUAUUUAAAAAAAUGUUACAGGGAAUAAAAAAAUAAAGCACGAGGAAGAAAAAAUAUAGGAUAGAUCAGAAUUAUUCUUAAACAGAGUGAAUCAGAUUGUUACCAUCAUUAGACCUAGUAGUAUUUGGACAGAGCCCAGAAGUCUUAAUCAAGGAUGAGUCCUGCUAUUCUAGGCAUGCUGCAAACAGUGAUAGAGUUACACCAUGUAUUUAUUUGGCCAAUGUUUUUGAAAAACUUCCAUAUUUUUUAAAUUGUGCUGAAUGUAAUUAAAAUACAUAUACUAAAUACAGAGAAUGCAUUAAAGGCUUAUACAGCAAAUCAGUAAUUUUACUUUUCUAUAAACAUGUAUUCUCCCCAGCCCCCAAAAGGUACUGCGGUUUCUAAAUUAUCAUACCUUAAAAAGUAAUUUUUAAAAUAUUGCAUUGCAGUAGUUUAACAGUGCAAAGAAGUAACUGAUAAUUUAGCAAAACUACUUUAUUAAAGCUUGUUCUCAUGAUAAAAUCAUAGCCAACAAAAUCAUAUCAGGCAGAGUUUCUGUAAAUAUUUGUAGCUGCCACCUAGCUACAUAUCACUAAAUCAAAUAUAUUCUCAUUUUCUGUGGUAUUCUUUAUUUUCAGCUAUUUACAGGAAAGCAAAGAUUACAUUAGGAAUGUAGUAUUACAGCUUUUCCUCAAGAGUCAGUGUUUAUUGUAAUUAAUGCCAGAUAAGAUUUUUAUGUUUUCCUUAUCACUCAAAUACAACUAUUUCCCCUCCCCAUUCAACAUAUUUAAAAAUAUUGCACUACAUUUUUUAUGUUUUACAAUCAUCAUUAGCAGUGUUAUAUGAAGAAAAUUAUAUCCAGCUUUUCAUAUCCAAUGUAUUACACAAUUAUGUAAUUUAAAACCUUGAAUGUGCUUUUGUGAAAAAACAAAAUUUAUGUUAUUUCUGCAGCAACUUCAUGCCUGGCGGAGUUUAAUGAUUUACUUGGAUAUAUUUGAAAGCUCUUAUGGUAAUCCAUAAUGAGUUAACACUGAUGGAGAUUUAGUCCAGAUUACCACCAAUGGUGAGCUACUCAAAAAUAAAAUGUGAAAGACAUAAUAUGCAUUUCAAUCAAGUAGACGGUUAAACAACUAUUUUAGUCAUUAAAAGGAUUUUAUUGUGUGACACUGUUUGCUGAAGCAGAAUUUUAAAAAGUGUAAUAUAUGCCUAUUUGAGCAUGGAUAGUGUUUUCCACACAUCAGCUAAAUAAUCAUCAGGUGUCCCAAAACUUCACCAAAAAAGGGUGUUGCAUGAGUGCAAAUAAUUGAUUUUACUUAAAGGUACAAAUAGGUUUUUCCUGCUGAAACUAUUUUUUUUUUGUCCCUCACAAAAUAAAUUGAGAGACAAAUU